AUGGCUACUUUCUCUGCAGAACUAGGCGGCAUUAUACAAUUGGAGAACGAGAUUAGUGAUGCUGCUAAUAACAUCAGAUCAGGUGUUGGCUUCCCUGCUGUUAUUUGGAUCCCAAUCACACAGGAUGAUGCAUCAUGGAGCACUGAGUAUGAGCAACAAUGUCAUAAAUUAAGCUUCUUUUGGUUGAAUGAUCCACAAAAAAUGAUGAGGCCACAAUUCACAAGAUUUGUUAAAGAAGAGUUGUUUCAAAUGGGAUUGGGAGAGGAACCCAUAAUUGUUUCACUUGACAGCGAAAAGGAGAAACUUUUGUGGCAACAACAAACUGCUUGGACUCUUCAUCUCCUGGCACCACAAUCUGGCUACUAUUACAGAAUUGUCAAACCAAUAAAUGAUUGGAUUCGUGAGGAAAAAUAUAUUUUCUUAUAUGGAGGAAACAACAUUAAAUGGAUUCGAGAAUUCCUUAGUAAGUCACGUGAAGUUGCCUCCAAAACCCAAAUGAACUUUGAGUUGGCCUACUUUGGGAAAAACAAAAUGAUAAGAGGAUUCAUAUAUAAAGAAAGUUUGAGUUAUUGCCCAUUGUAUGAUUCUAGUGCAGUAUGGUGGUUUUGGGCCCGUCUUCGAAGUAUGUUUUUGUCAAGAAUUCAAUAUUUAGAGAUGACUAAUCACCUUGUCAAAGAAAACAACAAUGAUGAAAUUUUGCAAGGAUUCAAAAAAUUAUUAUCCUAUGAAAGCAAGAAUGCAACAACUGAAGGAUGGGUGUUAUUAAGCAAAGGAUCAGAAGUGGUUGUAUGUAGACAUGGAAGUAAAAUGUUGCAAGCCAUGAAUGACUAUGAGAUUUGGAAGGAAAACAUAGAUGCCACCAAAAGUUUUGGCCAGGCACUCAAAGACCACCAUGAGAUGCUUUCCAAGGAUAAGCAUUCUUGUUGUACUCUUGAAUAUCUAAUUACCUUGAGCAAAAUUCCCAAAAAUAAAAGAUGCCCUGAAUGCUCUCGUUGUAUGCAGAAGUUUUUAACUUUCACUUGUUGCCAUGGUGAUGAUUGA